AAGCAGAAACCUCUGCUCUGUUAGCUUCAUCUACCCCAGGAAUUUUGCAGGCACGGGGGAUGUUACAUGUGAGUUCUUUGUACCAAGCUGAUGCAGCAGAACUUUGUGGGGCCAGCAGAUCUGGCUAACAAGGCUCUCUGUUGCACAACUGCCUGCUGUGCAUACAGGUACUUGAAAAGUCUGAAAUGGAGAGGUUUUGUCCCUCAGUGAGUUAUAGAGGGGAAACUGGUGUGUGUGUGAGCUGUCUGGGGUUGUCUAAGAGACUUGUGACAGGAUCAGAGUGUGAGGCAUCAAAGAGACAGCCUGGAUUGGUAAACACGAUUAUGACUUAAUGUAUUGCUCGUUUCUCUUUUGUGUGGCCUUCUUCUCAGGAAGAGGAAAAUCACAAAAGGGAGGUAUCUUUUUGAGCCUAUUUACCUGGUUAAACUAAUCAUUACACUUCAGAUGGGAAGCAAUACUCCAAAACUGGAGUGGAAGCCCCAUGCCCAGGGGUCGCAUUGAGCUGGAGGUGUGUAUAGGUAUGGGGAUCAUCUGCUGGUGUUGCUGUGCUCCAGCAGGGCCUGAUGCUUGCAGAGCUCCUUUCUGCCUUCUCUGCAUGGGUUGAUGUGCAAGUGGUAGAUGAGAGCAGGCUGGGCUCCUGCUUUGGAUUUCACCCUUCGGCAGAGGCACGUGAAUCAUUGGUUGCAGAGGGCUGUAUCUGGGUUUUGGCUGGUGUUUCUUCUCUUGCUAAACGUGAUCAAAGUGCACAGAAGUCAAAAGGGAAGUAUUUUGUAGCAUAAUGCUGUGACCUCCAGCCCGUGUAGCCUGCUAACUCCUUGUGUGAUCAGAGGACAAGUCAGCAGGGUUUUGGCACACUUCCCUUCCAGUGUAGGACUGUGCCUUGGAGGAAAGCCCUGAGGAUAACUGUUGUUUUCUGCUGUCAGAAGGAAGCUCCAAGAGGGGGACAGGCUCACUGUGAUUUCUGUGAAACAUUUACCAAAUAUUUGCUUUAGGUGUUUGUAAUUGGUCAAAACUCUUGAAACGAGGAAACAAAACUUCUGUUCCUGCUGCUCGGCGUUGCCCAAGCAGAGACUGUUUGAUAAGAAAAGAGCUCCGUUAGCUAGGAACAAACAAGCUGUGUAUGUCAUAAAGCCAGCAUCUGCCACGGGAUGUUGCUGUGAGGCAUUAUCACUUGGUAGCAGUCUCUGUUUGCUGCCAGUUUCAGCAGCACGACCUUGGUGAGCAUCUGCCUGUGCCACUGAACCAUGAAGGUGGGCAGGGAGAAGAAACUGCAGCCCUCUUCAGUGCUCCCCCCCUGGCUUUUGUCUGCCUGGCUGGGGUGGAGGCCUUUGCCAGGAGUGCUCCUAAAUAUAUUCCCAUGUUUUAUAGCUGCUGAGGAGCAUUACCUACCUAUGGAAGAUAUAGAUGGCACACAGCUAAAGGCAUCUGUGGCUUUCUUGGCAUCACGUUGGGUACGGUGCACUGCCAGGGUUAUUGUAAGCAGAGUAACUUAGCAAAUUAAUUAACGGAGCAGUCUGACUCCCACUAGCCUCAGGAAGUGGAAUGUUCUAGUAAUUAACAAAAGAUUUAUAGAUCUUCAGAGGAAAGAGUAGCUAGCGAGGAGUCAUUUUGCUACCUGGGGAUUAUCUGGUUCUGCUCUCACUUGGUGGUGGUUUCUGGGUACGUAGUGCUGCUUGUGCUCAGUGGCAGAGGCUCCCACUGCACUGAUGUGGGAGGAUGCAGCUCCACACUCAUUCCCUCUUUCAGGGUUCGAUCUCACACUCAGUUAUUUGGCAAGGCAGCAGGUUGUGUUCAGAAGCGUCCUCAGCAGAUUCAUCAAAGAGCAUGGUUAAUGUUUUUCCAGAGGUGUGCAUAGGAAAUGUUAUCAGCUUUUGGGAAGCUGCGCUCUCUUAUCAGUGGCAGUUCUGAGCUCCAGUGGGGCCUACUUGCUUGGAGUUGCUGCCUUUCAGAUCGUUUGGAGAUCUUCUGCAGGCGACUGUCUGAGGGGAUCUGGCCAUCUGAGGAAAUAGACAGACGGUUGGAAAAGAAGCUGAAGAUCACACAGAAGGAAAGCAGUAGAAAAUCCAAAUCUCCUCCUAAAGUGCCGAUCGUGAUUCAGGACGACAGCGUUCCUUCGGGUCCCCCCCCACAGAUCCGCAUCCUGAAGCGGCCGGCCACCAACGGCGUGCUCAGCAACCCCAACUCCACCACCAGACCGGCGUUCCCUGUGAAGUCCCUGGCACAGAGGGAGGCAGAGUACGCCGAGGCCAGGAAACGAAUACUGGGCAGCGCCAGCCCCGAAGAGGAGCAGGAGAAACCCAUUCUAGAUAGGCCAACGAGGAUCUCCCAGCCGGAGGACAUCAGACAGCCCAAUAAUGUGAUUAGGCAGCCCCUGGGCCCCGAUGGUUCACAAGGCUUCAAACAACGCAGAUAAACGUGGGCACGAGAGGAUGCUGCAGAAAGCAGGGUCAGCCGCCACGGGUCGCACUGCUGUGGCAGGCAAAUGGACUUGAGCAAAGGGAACUACCUGGUUUACUUGCACUGUGAUCCCCUUUGCUCUGCCCACUGUGACCUCCAAUCCCACGCACUGUGACCUCCCCGCUCCACGCACUGUGAUCAGCAAACUGACGAGGGCUGUCCCCAGUCACUGUAAGCGGAAAGGGGAGGGGAGGGUAAAGGACUUUGACAGGUGCAAAGAGUCAUGUGUGCCACUUUGGUUCAAGCUAGUGCCAGCAAUAAUGUUUGUUGUACUUGUAACCUGGGAUUUAGGAGAAAAAUGGGAAGCCUCCCCAGACACACACUUUGUCUUCAUCACUUUAAGAGCAAGUUCUGUUUCAAAGGGUAUCUUUUGAUUUAUUUUUUUUUUCCUUUUGUUUUCUGUUUGUAUAUCGGAUUGACUUUCAAGGGAGUGCAUGGAAAGGGUUUUAACUGUUUAGUUUGUUUUAACUGAGAGAGGUAGCUAAGUGUUUGAAAAGGAAUUUUACUGAAUUCCUGCAACUUUAGUGGUUAGGGUUUGACAAGCUUAGCUUCUCGUUCUGUGUUUCUACCACUGCCAAGCAAACGGGACUCUGGGAUGCCCAGCCUUUCUGCUUGCCAUGGCCUGGGAGCCAGUGGAGUCCAAUGACCUGGUUUGUGUAUUGCACCUGUUAAAGCUUGGCUAGUGUUUUCUGCUGGCUUGAGGAAAAAACUUCAAAUACAUCCUUUUUGUAUGUGGGGAGAAGGGAAUGUAGAUAGAUCCCAUGAAAAUGCCUGCUGUGUGGUUACUGCUUAUAGCAGAGCUGAUCUGCGAGGAGCUAGGGCUCUGUAACAUCUGGACGUGCAGGCUAGGAGGGUAACAGUGCUACGUGGCUCUCAUUUGCUCCAUGAAAUGAACCCCAUGGUGAAGAGCUGCGUUCCGUCCAGCCUGCAUGGUGGCUGAUGUGACAGCGGGGAGUGGGACGGCCGCUGCUCCAGAGGUUGAAACCGAAGUGGCUUACAAUGGACUGAACGCUCUGAUCUCUGUAAUGGUACGAGCCGGUGCUGUACCUGAUACACACACUUCUAGAAAUCACAGACGUCAGGAACAAAAUACGUUCAAUCAAGUCUGGAAGCCUCCCCAUCGUCGUACGCUGUGGGUGGUAACAGCCAGCUUUCCGCUAGGCUUCAGGGAAUGGAUUGCUCUUGCUGCUCCUGCUCCCACGAAGAGACAGGAUUUCAGGCAGCUUGCAGGCUGAAAGCUUCCCAGGACGGCGGUGGUGGAGGAGAAGAGCCAUGAGGAGCUGGUGUGUGUCACAGGAUGCUAUUGAACGUGGAUGCUUCCCCCGUGCGCAGUGCUGUCUGUCCUAAUGCACGCUAGACAAAGCUGACCUAUCUCGAUAUUACUGUCUCCAGGGAUUAGAUGAACACUAAGGCUCUUCUUGGAGGGGAUGUAAGGGGCAACUUCAGGCAUGGAGGUGUUUCUGCAUGUCGUGAGGACCUCGACUGUUCAUUCAGCUGAAAUGGCCGCGGGCCGGCGGAUUGCUGCGUGCUCAGUACCUAGAAAAUACUGUUGUUGGCUGUCAGAGGAUUAUUCUGUACGGGUGCAGUGUUGCCAGAUGCUUUGUGCUUGGCAGAUAUGGUAAAUGAGCAAACCUGAUGCCUUCUGCCUGAACAGAAGUGACUGUGCCAUGCCAUGUUGUGUGGGGAAACUCCCAUCUGGAAAGGCAUGGAUGGAAAUACGGCUUAAAAAAAAAAAAAAGGUAAAAUAAAACUACCUGUGUACAAAAAAAGAGAUGGCAUCUGCUAGAAUGUGGGUUGGCUCAUUGACCCUGUGUCACCCUCCACGUGAGUUCCUGGAGCCCUGAGUGACUGGUGAAGGAGGAUGAUGAGGUGGGAAGGGCAGAAGCCUCGUCCCACCAGGAUCCCGACCCAUCUCCGUGGCUUUAGAAGCUAUAAUCUUGCUGCUUACCGAGCUCCCUCUCAGGCUGGAGGCGUCUGUGGAACUGAUAUUUUGGGGGGGGUGGGUGGGAGCAGGAGGGGAGAAGGACAUUAGCAAUAACUGUAGUCACCGCACCUUUCCUUAACGACCGCUCGAUAGCUUCUAUUCCAGAAGGCCGGCAGCUCCGGAACAACCCCAACCCCAGCUCCCGGCGUAGCUUCCGCUACCUUGCCAACGUUAGAUGUCUCCUCCCGUCCGUCAGGUGCCUACCACCCUUCUCCUUGCACACCCAACCUUGUUCUCCAGCACUGACCGCGCUCCGAUGCCUCAGCCGUGGCGGCUGCUCCCGACCUGCGGGCAGGGCGAGAUGGCGGUCCCGGGGCCCGCGCCGCCUUUGGGGGGGGGGCCGAGAGCUUCUCCCGUCGCCCCGUCAGAGCGCGCCCGAGUAUGCAGAGAAACAUUUUAUAAACGGUAUUUUCAAAUAAAUGUGUUUAAACUUU